GUCCACAAGGGUUAGGCCAGUAAACUGUGGGUGUGCAAAGGCUGUGGUCCAUGAGCCCUGGUGCGACACAGGGUCACUGCACUACUCUAUACAAUAAGUGAUGGCUGAAGGGGCACACACAAACUUGUGUUCAGUCAUAGAACUGUUAUAUAUAUGGCUGCAGUGUAUUAGAGUGCAGGAUACAAUGGCUAGUGUAUACUGCAGGCUUAUAACGCCGCUCAGCUUGUCACCAUUGUACCUGAAAUGGUGGAUUUUUAAAUUUGAAAGAUUUCUUCGUUCCCGCCCGAUUAUCUUGCUAUUCCUGGUGACAUCACACGUCAGGCCUCGCCCACUGUUCCCUCAGCCAAUCGCCGUCGCCAUCUAGGAUUCUCCGCCCUUUUCAGGAAGCUCCGUGAUAACGGAGUAUAUAGGGUCUUAAAAACAGAACAAAGCUGGGAGCGGACCCGGGAUUAUCCGGGCCUAAAGAACUACAUGGUGUAGGCAGGCGGGCACUGGCAAGGGUCGCAAGCAGUGGGCACUGCUGGGGUGGGUGUGUGACUUGUGGGCGUGUUUAGGGUGGAGCCAGCUGACUGCUUGGUCUUAGUUACAUUGUGUAGGAAAAUAGUGUCUAGAUCUCUGGUAGAAUCCGAACGAGCCCAGUUUCUCCGGUCGCAGAGUGUCCCUGACUGGGCCUAGUGAGGUCAGAGCUUGGGAUCCCUCCGUGCAAAGGACGCGUCCAUAGAGCAGUAAGAAGCUGGGUAGGCCAGGGCCCUUACGUGACAGCCAGAGUCUCUAGUGCCAGAUCCCAGCCAGCUAUGGAACAGCUGCCCACCAACCUGCAGGUCCUGCUCCAGGCCGCCGAGUAUGUGGAGCGGAGGGAGAGAGAAGCAGAACAUGGCUAUGCUUCAAUACUGCCCUGUGAUACUGCUACGCCCGGUAGGAGAAAACGCCAGAGGACCACCAGCAACCCUGACAGUGUUAGGUCUGUCCACAAUGAGCUAGAGAAACACCGGAGAGCUCAGCUGCGGAGAUGUCUGGAACAAUUGAAGCAGCAAGUUCCUCUAAGUGUGGAUACGUCCCGUCAUACAACUCUCAGCCUCCUGCACAGAGCCAGACAGCACAUCAAAAAACUGGAGGAUCAGGAACUGAGAGCCAAAAAUCUGAAAGAAAAACUGAGGUCAGAACAACAGAAGCUACGACAGAGACUAAAACAGCUACUACCCUCUAGUAGUACUGAACGCAUAAGAGCUGACAGUCUAGACUCCUCCACCCUUUCAUCUGAGCGGUCAGACUCUGACCAAGAGGAUUUGGAAGUAGAUGUGGAAGGAGUCAUCUUGGGAGCCAAUGAUGGGGACCUGUUUGUUUCAUUUAGUGCUGGCAUGGAGCACAGUUACUCUACUCCAGCUCAUGCCUGGCUAUGACAACAAUGAUGAUGAUGUGAACAGCAAUAACAGCUUUAUGAAGAAUUUUAACUAGCAUAUUUAACUUCCAAAAUGCCAUAUCCCUUCAAGGAUCUUCCCGUGAAGGUGGAGUCAAGUCAUUAUUUGGAUCACACUUUCCUUCUUGUGGAAAGAUAAAUCCAGUUUGUUUUAGUUUUUUUUUUUUUUUUCCCCCCCCCCCCCCCCCAAAAAAAAGCAAAAAAAAUUUGCAUGGUGGUAAUCUUCAAAUGAUACCAAACUUGACAUCCUCCAUAAGCAUAACUACGUGGAUAAACUGCAGCCACGUGCUAUGCUGUGGAUGGUACACCUGGAUGGGAUUCUCUUCAGGCCUCAGCAGAAGCCUUGGUGCUAUGUAACCAGCACCUUACGUGUUCACAUAACUUAUUGUACAUACAUAGCUGCUGUGCACUGGUUGCACUGCGCUCCUGGACUUAUCAGAAGCACUUUGUUAUGCGUGCACUUAAAGGACCACCAUGUAAAGAACUAUGAAUAUAUUUUUUAUUCUUCAUAAAAGGUCUAGGACACCCUGCCGCAGGACUUAAAAGAAGAAAGCAUUUUGUGAGAUUUCAAUCAAUGGAUUCUCCAGUCUCACAUUUUAUGUCCAGUAAUAUGACAAAAUGGAUGCUUUCAGCUGAAACAAAUGCAGAAAUAUAUCUCUGGGAGGUUUAAUGUUUACAUGACUAUUACAUUGUAAAAAGUCAGAACUCACAUGCACUUGCUGAAGAAGAGAAGCUUCUCGAUUGAGCGGCCUUAGCUGAUCUUCUCUUGGCACAGCACAAGCUUUCAGUUGGAAGCUCCUCCACUUCUGACAGCAGUAGGGUCUGGUCGUUACAGCCCCCGAUUUAAGAUGAGCAGCUUUCUUACAUUCCUAAGCCCAAGCACUACUUGUAAUGUGAGUGUUUGACUUGGGCAGAGGUGAACCCCUCAGACUAAGCAUUAUUUUAUAUUGUAACUUCUAUUUUAGUAAAUGUGUUUUUUGUUCUGU